CCUAGACUGCCACAGUCCAAGCUUAUCCAUCAUGCUAGGCAGAAGUUCCAUCUCCAUUACUUCCCUUCUUCUCUCCCUCCUGCUGGUGGUGUCGACGGAGGCCAGGGUGCCCCAAGUGGCUUCCAGACCCCAGUACCUGGAGGUGGUGAGACCUGUCAUGCCCAACGUACCCCUGGAGCCCCUGGGUCUCACCCAGGGUGUUAACCAACAGAUUGCUGAGACGGUAUCAACGCCCAGGAAGAGAGCAGCUAUCGUCCUAGACAAGCUAAUGUACGCUCUACAGAAGGCGUUAGACGAUAACCCAGCCACGUCACCUGCCUCUACACGAUCACCACCUCCCUUCUACAGGAGCAGGACUUAUACUGGCCAGAUGGAUCUUCAACGUCGUGGCAAUGGUGAUGGUCGCUUGUACUGGAGGUGCUAUUUCAAUGCUGUUUCUUGCUUCUAAGAAACAAUCUUGCAACACACACCAAAAAAAAAAAAAAGCUUCGUAUUGAAUCCAGCCUCAAUUUUGUCUUUUUUUGAGUUACGUGUUGUAGGCCUACUCUUUCUUGGGGAAGAGAUCAUAAUGGAGUAUAAUAUGGAAAAUGUCUUGAACAAAUCGAAGAAUUGUCUAUGAUUAGUAAUUGUGAAAAUGUAUCUCAACACUAGUACGAUUUAUGGAGGCCAGUAAAUGUAUUGUAAUAUUGUAUUUUAACACUGGCACGAGGUUUGGAGGCCAUGAAGUAUGUUGUAACACUGACUUGAAGUACGGGGCCAGAAUCAUAUAUUUUUAAGUAUUAUAUAUUUAUAAGGACAAAAAUUUGAUUUUUGUUCAUGUUAGGUUAUGCAUUAAUCAGAAAUGUAUUGCAGCAGCUGGAAGGCAAGGUAGUUACUGUAACUCACGAAACUGUAGAGAGUGUAUUCUUAAAUAUUCCAGUUAGUAUACAGGUACGUCUGUCUCGCUGUAUACAUGUAUAUAUUUGUAUACAUCACGGGUUCACCAGUGGUAAAAUCCUCAGAGCUGAUGCUUGUUGCAGUAAAAUACAAUAACCUGAGCCCUGAGGGUUUACUGAAGGCACUUGAGGGAGACACUGGUGUAUCAACAAGAGUGAAGAGUGUAGUUCUAAUGUACCAACCAUUAACAUUUCCCAGAGCAUUUUAAGGUGGAAGGUUAGAUCCUAAUACAAGGUUAUACACUAGUGUUAUUAGAGAGAGAGGGAACUACAGAAAGCUUGUGUUUGAAGAGAAAUACUGAAGAAGUAGACGGCACAUCUCAAAGUCCAGGAGAGACUGAUCUAUCACUCAUGUUUCUCAGCACAACGGCUGGGGUUCAAAUCCACACUAAUAAUCAUUAUAAAACCACAUGUGCUGCUAUGUCCACACUAAAACCUCCCAGAGACGCCACGUCAAACACAACGGCCAUCACUGAGAAGUCAUAAGCAAGAUAGACAAGAUAUUCCACAACAAACACAUCACCAAUAGUCAUUGGAAAUAAGUCACUUUGUCUGACAUUUUUGGUUAUCCAAGGUAAUUUACACAUGUGCUGCUAUGUAUGAUAAUUUAUGUAACUGUAUUUAUGUGUACCUGUACCUGAAUGAACUUACUAAUCAUAGCAAGACAGGCGAAGAUAGCUACAUCAAACACUAACAAUAUCAAUAAUCAUAGCAACAGAAAAUAAAAUAGCCACUACAAACACACACAAUCUAAAUAAUCACAGCAAGAUAGACGUGAGUGAUUCUAGUCCCAUCUCUCCUACUGACUUAACAUUAAAAUUGCAUUUCCUCCCAUACAUCUCUUCCCUUCAAGGCUGCAGAGUUCAUCGUCUUAUUAACAAUGCUUCGAGAUGUUGAGAAUCAUCAGAAAUAAAGCUUCAA